UCGUGAGCGCGCACCCCGGGCAGCCCCGAGUUCCAUUUUGAGAGCUGCUGCCGUCGCAUAGGUCCACCGUCUGUCAGCGCUGGUGCAAGGUACAUCUCUGCCUUAGGCGUGAUGUCCUCUACGGGGACGACUGGGACAACGGGCCGUUCUGGCGAGCGAACCGAGAAAGCUGUGGGCAGUGUGGACAAGCACUGUCACGCCAAUGACUGCGAGGACGACGAAGAGGCAGUUGACGGCGUUCCGAGCACGAAGCGUCGCAAGCAAGCAACAUCGUUUGCAGCCAUGGAGUGUUACAACAAUGCUGAGGACGAAGAAUACUUCGACGAUGAUGAAGACGAGGAGGACGAGGGAGAAAUCGACGACGACGACGACGAUGACUACGACAGUGACAGUUCGGCUCACUUACAGAUUGUGGAUGCCGAGGAGGAAGACGACCAAGUACAAAUCAAGGGCCAGGGCAGAUCAAACGCGAGCACUUCAAGGAAGAACUGCAGUCGGGCCCAGUCGGGUAGUAGUUGCAAGGUUCACGCCGAGGAUCUCAGACUGGAAGAUUACGUACCAGACCACUACAUCGACAGUUACGAAAAGAGGGACAGCUGUAGCCUGGCGAUUACCGUGACUCACUCGGCACGUUCUGUCGACAUCACCGAACUCUCUGGCGACAUCAUCAAGCUUGUCUUCAAAGGAAAUAGCCGCAGGAAGGCGUUUGUGCGGUACACCAACCCAGAGACGGCUGCAGCCAACCUGAAGAUCAUCGAGAAGGCUGUCGGCAACGGGAAGGUCGUGCGAGUGGAGAGGUGCACCACGGGCCAGCAGACGCCGCUGGGCAACUUGCUCGACCUGUUCCGGCUGCCCUUCAACUGCACCGUGGCCCGCCUCAAACAGCAGUUCCCUUGCUCACGUGUCCAAGUGCUCAAGCAUGGCUUCGCCAGACUGUGCUUCAACUCUACAGACGACCUCAAGCGAGCUCUCCAAAGGCCUGGGUGUCACACGAUCGAUGGCCAUCCGAUCCUAUUAAGCCUUGUGAAGGAUUUUCAAGAAGACACCCACUACCCCGGCCGGCACUCCUGGUACAGCCGUGGAGUCAGCGAUUCCACGAGCCGCGGUGGUCGAGGCUGGGGAAAGAACAGCCAGCCGGGAGAACGGGCCUACUGGCGCGGCAGUGGUGGCCGGGGCGGUCACUCCAGCCGCAUGGGCAGCCGGCCCUCCGAUUGGGACGGUCGCGGGGACUGGGGCGCGCUCGACGACCGGCACAACCAAGCCUGGAGCGGAGGUAGCCGGUCCUUCUGGAACAGUAGCAGUGGCGGCCGCCGUGGAAUGAGAGGAGGCCGGCGAGGCUCGUGGAGCCGCACUUGAGGCCGCCUGGAUGCCCCAGAGUACAAGCUUUUUUUUUAUGUGUGUGUGUUUGUCCAGUUUUUCUCUACUUUUCACCUUUUUGCCCUCACUUUUUAUACAUUUUUUGUCUUUGUUCAAUAAAGAAAUCAUACCCAGCUCAA